AGAAAGCUAUGCAAAGACUUUCCCAGGAAGUGGGCGCUGCGCACGUGGGGCCGGAAGAGUGAACAGUACUAUGGGGCGCAAACUUGAUGUACUGAGGAAGGAAAAACGUGGCCCAGGGCGCAAAGCCCGCAAACAGAAGGGAGCAGAGGUAGAAUUAGCCAAAUUUCUUACGACAGCUACUGAUAACAGUGGAAACAAAUUAUCCAGCCAUGCACGAAAAAGGGCUGCAAAGAGACGAAUGGGGUCAGGAAAAACCCAAGCUAGGAAAAAUCUGCUUCAGCUAAAGAAGCCAACAGAUAAGGGGGGGAUGGAUGGCACCAGCACAGCUGCAGAGCAGCCAUCCCCACAGAAAGGAGGAAAAUGCAGGGGGCCAGCAGAAGGAGCCUCUCGGGACCCUCAGCUUGGGUGCAGUGACAGAUGCUCACUUUCGCUAACUCCAGCCAAGAGAUCACAGCCAGCUGGGGAUAAUGAAGAAGAGCGUUUGGAGUCCAGUGAAAGUGAGGGAGAUGAGGAUGUAGAUGCCUGGGAGAACAUGGGGGAUGACGGGAGCAAUGAGGAGAUGAUGGAUGAUUAUGGAGCCUCGUCCUCUGAGGAAGAGGAGCUGCUGCCCAUCGAACAAGCUGCCCGGAAGCAGAAGUCUGGCAGGGAGGGUCUCAGUGAGGAUGACAGUGAAGAUGAAGAGAAGCGGUUGAGCAGCCGAAGCAAGGGGCAGGAGGAAGAGGAGGACACGGACCUGCAGCUCAAUAUGGAGAUAGAUGAGCAAUUUGUGCUACCCAGUGGUGAGGAGAUCGAGAGAGAGACUGCUGAGCCACCUGACCUGCACCUCGUUCAUCAACGUAUCAAGGACAAUGUGGAGGUGCUGCAGGACUUCAGGGUGAAGCGGGAGGCAGGACGUGCCCGGCAGGAGUACCUCGCUUUGCUACGCCAGGACCUUGCUGCCUAUUAUUCCUACAGUGACUUCUUGCUUAAGAAGCUCAUGGAGCUCUUCCCUCUCCCUGAGCUGGUCAACUUCUUAGAAUCUAAUGAGGUUCCUCGCCCCAUGACACUUCGUACCAACACACUGAAAACACGGCGACGAGACCUGGCACAGGCUCUGAUUAAUCGCGGUGUGAAUCUUGACCCCCUGGGGAAGUGGUCGAAAACUGGGCUUGUUGUCUACGACUCCUCUGUGCCCAUCGGUGCCACCCCUGAGUACCUGGCUGGACACUACAUGCUACAAGGAGCUUCCAGCCUCCUCCCUGUCAUGGCUCUGGCCCCCCAAGAGAAUGAACGCAUCCUGGACAUGUGCUGUGCCCCAGGAGGCAAGACCAGCUACAUAGCUCAGCUGAUGAAGAACACAGGUGUGAUCCUGGCCAACGACAGCAGUGCUGAGCGGCUGCGCAGUGUGGUGGGGAACCUGCACCGUCUGGGAGUCACUAAUGCUGUCUUGAGCCACUGCGAUGGACGCCAGUUCCCCAAAGUGCUGGGUGGGUUUGACCGUGUCCUCCUUGAUGCUCCCUGCAGUGGCACAGGUGUCAUCUCCAAGGACCCUGCUGUCAAAACCAACAAGGAUGAGAGGGAUGUCCUGCGUUGUGCUCAUCUGCAGAAGGAGCUGAUUCUCAGUGCUAUUGACUCAGUCAAUGCUGCCUCAGAGACGGGGGGCUACAUAGUGUACUGUACCUGCUCCAUCAUGGUGGAAGAGAAUGAGUGGGUUGUGGAUUAUGCCCUGAAGAAACGCAAUGUUCGCUUGGUGCCCACAGGGCUGGACUUUGGCAAGGAAGGAUUCACCAGGUUCAAGGACCGUCGCUUCCACCCAUCCCUCAAAUCCACACGGCGUUUCUACCCUCACACCCACAACAUGGAUGGGUUCUUCAUCGCCAAGCUCAAGAAAUUUUCUAAUGCCAUCCCCAAAAUGCAGAAAGAUGAGGAAUCUACUGUGGAAACAGCAAGUCCAGCAUCUGCUCCGGAAGUAGCUGCAGAGCCACAGCUUAAAAGGAAGAAACUUGAGAGGUUGAAAGUCACCGUGGGGCAGAAGAAGCAGCCCCCUUCAAAGGGAGGUUCUGUGCAAAGGCAUAAGAGGCCCUCUCCCUGGCGUCUAGGAGCUCGGCCACCUGCCAGGAAGCGGCAUAGAGUGCACCGGAAUAGACAAUAAGAGGGACUGCCUCUCUGGGCUUUGGUGUCUGAUUCCAUGAGAGUUGCAGGGAUGGGGCAUUCUCCUUGAAGGCUGAAGGUCAGGGACUCUCCAGAUUCCACCCAUGUAGGGUUGUUUUUCGCCAUCUUGUGCAGUGAGUGUCUGGGACAACUAUUGCCCCUAUAGAGGGAGCAUUUUUUGGACUUUAUUCUUGCAGCCCAGUGUACUUCCCCCAGCAUGGGGUUGGGGUACUGGAUUGAUAGAUCCUGAUUCAUUAAAGAUUUAUACUUUGAUCAAAUUCUCUCUCUCUCCCUGCAUGUCUAAGGCAGGAAUUUAUUUCAGUGUAGUGUAACUGGACCCUGCAGUAAAUGUUCAGCUGUAGCCACUUGUUCUUGUGCUGCACUGUGACCUCUCCCUCUGUACUUGGCUUCCAUUGUUCUGUCCUCCUAUCACUCUCCCUCACUGCCUCUUUGCUUUCUGUCCUGCCCUUAUUCUGACCCUCCCGU